GUUCAGUUGUUCUAAUCUCAUCAGAAGUGAGCUCAGGAGCAAGAGGAAAAUGAAGGCUGCUGCGGUUUUUCUUGUGUUUGCCUGUGUACUUAUUCUUCAUGUAGAAGGACAGGCCAAGACCAAUGUAAGGAGGUGUUUGUGUCUGGGUCGUGGUUCGAACUAUAUUCCUCCAACAAUUAUAGACAAGAUUGAAAUUUAUCCUCGUAGCGCAUCGUGUGAAAAUGUUGAAAUGAUAGCUGUUCUGAAGAAUGGUAGAGGUAAAAGAUGUUUGAAUCCAGAAUCCAAAUUUGUGAAGAAUUACAUCUUGAAGGCCAGGCUUCAAAAGACUUAACUGGAGGGAAAAAGUGCUCACUGGACAUGGAAAAAUAUCUUUUUUUUUAAAAUUGUAAUUUAUUUUCCCAUUGUGUUUUGUUGCAUUGUGCUAUAUUUAUGUAAUAUUUUAUUUCUGAAAAGAAAAGAAAAAACACCACUCUUAAUAGCUGAAUGUUUAAUUUAUUCAGUGUUCCACUGGGUAUUGCAGGAUCAACAUACAGUACAUUUAUCUAUUGAUGAAUCUUUGUAAUAUCAUUCUUUGUAUGUUGUCUUGAUUUUGUUAUUGUGUUGUGCAUUUCACAUAUUGAAACAUCUGAAAGAAUGCUGGCAUUCUCAGGAUUG